GCCGCGCGGCGCGUGAGCUGAGCCCCGGUGGGUGUGUAGCUGGUACGAGGAACCGUGAGCUGCCGAAGCGGAAAUACGAAUGAAUCCUCCGGUAACCGGUUAACGUGGGUCCGUCACGGUGUUGAGUCGAGGCUGCGGCAGCCCGUCUCCUGUCCGCCCCCCCGGCCCAGACCUCAUGGAUCCCGGAGGAAGUGAACUGGACUCCAGCCUGCCUCAGCCCGAGAACCCGUGUCUGAUCGUGGAGGACUCGCAGCCGGACAGCGUCGCCCUGGAGGACGACCCCGAGAGCAGCUACCGAGCCCUGCUGGCCCGGCGCCUGUCCAGCCUGCAGCCCACGUCCCGCAGCCCGGUUCUGGAACUGAUCGCCUCCCCGCUGGGUAGCAGAUACUCUCAGAGUGACAGCCAAUCAGAGAGCUCCCAGAGUAACAACCAAGCUGAACCUGGCAUCCUGAUGGCGGCCGAUCCCAGUUCCGCAGUCGAGGAGGAAAGUCAAGCUCUCACCGUUUGCCCUCCUUCGAACAAGAAAAAGUGUCCACCGGAGGACGGAGACGUGGAUCCCGGGGCCGAUUCAACCACUCACUGCGUCCAGUCUGAGGGGGAACCCUCUCAGUUCGGCUUCCUGGAGCUCUCCCAGAGUCAGGACCCGCGAGGGGAAGUGGCGAACAGUCGGCAGGAAGAAGCGGACGUCGAACGCCAGCCAGACAGCGAGGGGCGCACCAGAUUAGCAGGGCAGAGCGUCGGCUCGCGGGCUUCAGAGAGUCGGGACAGCAAAGCUUUGAGGUCCGAGGUGAGCUCCAGCAGCUCGUCGGGGCGGCCGCUGGGCAUCCAGGCUCUGCUGCACUCCGAGGGCCUCCAGGCCUCCGGCGAGCAGGACUGCGAGGUCCUGUCCUCACAGGAGGACAUGUUCGAUGCCGACAAGACCGGCGCCGCGGUGGACAGCACGGUGUCCGAGCCGGAGCAGCCGGGCCGCCCGACGCCGACGCCGGCUCAAACGCUGCACCUGCUGCACCUGUCUGGACAGGGAACACUGGUGCAGGAGAGUCUGUCCCAGGACUACGUCUCCCCGACCCCCGACCCCCUCCCCAACACCCCGUUGAUCGUUCCCAGCUCGCCGACCGAACCGGAGGGCGAACGCGGUGCCGAUGACGAACCGAUGGACACUUCGCUGCCCCCGGAGGACGGGGCGGGAGGGAAGGGGGAGGAGCCGAUGGAAACGGAGGCCGCCUCUAAGCCACGCCCAUCCGCCUCGACUCCCGUCUCCCAGAAUGCCCCUGGUUUUGUGUUGGAGCGAACGCUCUCUUUGCCCUCGCAGCCAGAGUUCUCUCACGACGUGUUUGUCCCGACUCAGAGCCAAGAGGCGGCGCCGCGGUCCGAUAAGAAGACGGGCGAGACGCCGUCUCAGCGCCCGGAGGCGGCGUCCUUCACGCUGCCGCUGCAGCUCUCCGUCGGCAGUCCGGCUCGGCCGACCUCGGAGCGCGAGGAGGAGGACGACAGCCAGGCCACGCAGAUCGAGGAGCUGGGCGACAACGCCGCCGACUCCCCGGCUUCACGCCAGAGGAGCGAGAGCAACGGCGUCCCCCCGGAGUCUCAAACGCCCACCGGCUCCAAAGCUUCCGCCUCGGUCGAACCGUCCGAAGUGCACAAAAAGACUUCAUCGGGCGUAGAGAACGUGAAGGAGAACGUGAAGGAGAACGUGAAGGAGAACGUGAAGGAGAACGUGAAGGAGAACGUGAAGGAGAACGUGAAGGAGAACGUGGAGGACGCCGACGCGGUGUCCUGCUCGCAGACUAAGCUCGAUUCCUCCGACCUGAGCGUCAACAGCUGCGUGCAGGAGACUCCUCCCCCCGCAGAAGCCACGCCCCGCCGCGGCUUUCCCUCGCCGGCCGCGACCUCGCAGACUGAUGCGGCGAAGGGUUCGGCGGACUCGAGGAAGGAAGGAGGAAGCGCAAAGGGUCCGUCCGUAAAAUCGCCGCCGCAGAAGCGAGGAGCGUUCGGUAACAGUCAGACGGCGAAGGAGGUGACGGAGGAGAGGGAGCGGGGUGAAGAAGAGGAGGAGGAGGAGGAGGAGGAGGAGGUGGAGGUGGUGAUGGAGGAGGAGGAGGGUGAGGGAAUGGCUCUGGUCCUCUCCCACAGCCACCUGUUGUCCCCUGAGCCCAUGGAGGAGGAGGAGGAGGAAGGCCGAGGAGACGACAGCGUCAUCGUUGUCACGGACAGCGAGAGAGACUCGACCAACCAGCCGCCCGGAGGCAACGCGUCCGUCUCCACCAACGGCCACGAGCCCCAGGCCCAGGCGAAGAAGGUCCACGCGGCCCCCGAUAGGCUCUCCCAGCCUGAGAGGGCGGGCCCUGAACCAGAGGGGCUCAAAGACAAGAGCCUGAGUGACAGCUCGGGAGAAAUCUCUUUCCACUUCACGCUCCCUAAAGAAGGGGAUCUGAUUGGUCCCGUUGUCGGAGCCACGCCCCCUCUAAUCAACCAGCUGAAGCAGACGCAUAGACACAGCACCCCCAUCGAGAUCUCUUCCUUCUCUGAAAAGUCCGGCGUGGCGGGCGACGCGGCCAUGGCGGCCAUGGCGGCCAUGACGACCAGCGACAUCGUGUCGGGGGAGAGCGGCGACGACGCGGCGGAGAAGGAGGCCGGGAAGCUGAGUCUGAGGAUGAAGCUGGUGACGCCGGUGGAGGAAGGAAGCUCGGAGCGCUUCAGCCUGCAGAAGCCAGCGCUAUCGGUAGAGGAUGGAUCGGUCGCCAAGGUUACCGCUGUUGCCAAGGCUGUAACCAGCAGCCCCUCUGUUUUCAGUCGCGUCAGACAAGUGCACCGACAGCAGGAAGCCAGAGAGGACCUCCAGGCUGCAGGCAACACCACACCUGUCAGAGGGCAGCUGCUCGCCUCGCCACAGAGGAGCUCCCCGGCGUCCUCGCUGGGAUGCAACAGCCUCCCCAACAGCCAAUCGGAGCCCUCGCAACAGGAAGCGGCGGCGGCGGCGCAGGAGACCCGUAAGGCUCCUCCGGGCCCCGCCGAGCCCCCCGAGGUCAGACGGGCUCCGGAGCCGCCCGCCCACAACAGGACGGAGGCCAGGCAGCGAGACGGCACCGUCACCUCCACUCCGUCCAACAAGCUCCGUCAGCGAACCGUCUCCCAGCAGACGAGCUUCGAUGCGCCGGGGUCGCGCUCCCCAGCUGGCAGGGGAGAACCAGAGUCCCCGUCCUGUAGGAGAGCCGCUGCCCACCGCAGACACGUGCGCACCAUCCAGGAAGUGCGCACCACCGUCACGCGGGUCAUCACGGACGUCUACUACGAGGACGGCAAAGAGGUGGAGCGCAAAGUGACGGAGGAGAGCGAGGAGCCCGUGGUGGACUGCCAGGUGUUGGACAGCGACAUCUCUCCGUGCCGCACGGGCAACAGCUCCGUGACCUCCGGCGACCUCGCUGACAUCAGCUCUCUGUCGUCCAAGGCCUCCAGCCUGCAGCACAGCUCCGGGGGAACCAGCAGCAGCGGCUUCACGCGGCCGGACUUCAUCAUGCCGCCCAUCCGCGGGGCGUUCAGUCCCAGGAGGGGAGGCGGGCAGCAACAGAGGGGUCACAGGGGUCACAGGGCAGGGUCAGUGGUCACGGUGAACAGAGGCUUCGACCCCCCGGGGUCCCAGGCCCUCGCCCCUAUGACCCCCAGAGGAAGGGCGAGAAGGGGUCGACCCCGGUCCCGGUCCUCGAUGUCCAGGGGCGUCGGCUCCCUGCGGCUGCUCGGCGCUCGCGGCCCGCCUCAUUCCUCCUCCGAGGACGAGCACUUCACCCGCAUGCUGCCGCCGCGCCUCCCCACCAGCCCCCCCGCCGCCGCGGACGGCGAGCCGCCCCGCCGCUCGGACUCCCUGCGCUCGUCGCCGGAGGAGGCGGACUCGGCCGGCAGCAGCUUCGUGGGCCUGCGGGUCGUCGCCAAGUGGUCGUCCAACGGAUACUUCUACUCGGGUCGCAUCGUCAAGGACGCCGGCGACGGGAGCUUCCGCCUGCGGUUCGACGACGGCUACGAGUGUGAGGUGGCGGGGAGGGACAUCCUGCUGUGUGACCCCAUCCCCAUGGAGACGGAGGUCACCGCCCUGCUGGAGGACGAGUACUUCAGCAUAGGUGUGGUGAGGGGCCAUAAGACCGAGGGCCAGGACCUGUUCUACAGCGUGGAGAAGGACGGCCAGAAGCAGUGGUACAACCGGACGGCCAUCAUCUUGUCCAUGGACCAAGGGAACAAGCUGAGGGAGCAGCACAGCCUGGGCCCCUACGAGCCGUCCCCCCCGGUGCCCAAGGCCUCCGACAUCAGCCUCGAUAACCUGGUGGAGGGCAAGAGGAGGCGCAGAGGAGGCCCCGAGGGUCCGAACACCCCCGACCGCAGCCCUCGAACCCCCGGCCCCUCGGGCAAGAGGAAGCUGAUGGCCUCCGAGAACACCAGGACGCCGGCCAAGAGGGGGCGCCGGGGCUCGGGCGCACGAGCCGCCCAGCGGGUCGGGCAGUGCAACACCUCCGGCAGCGGCACGGACCUCGCCGGCCGGCCCGGCGCCGUGGUGGAGACCCACGGCCCGCUGCCCCAGAACACCACGCUCUUCAUGGGCUUCGCCUUCAUGCUGACGGCCUCGUCCGAGAUCGACCGGCUCACCAACCGGCACGCCGACGACGAAGAGGACGACGAUGACGUGCAGACCGGCCCGUACAACAAAGUGUACACGGAGAGCCAGCUGCAGGGGGGGGGCGGGUUCGUCCUGCAGGACUUCAACGAGGAGCAGGCCACGCCCCCUGAAACAGCCUCUAGUUCUUCCUCGCCGCCUCACGUCCACCUUCUGCCUCUCCCGGGUCCGCAGUGCAAGGCGGCCUACCAGAGUCUGCUCAUCGCGGACCAGCACUGCCGCACCAGGAAGUACCUCCUGUGCCUGGCCAGCGGCGUGCCGAGCGUGUCGCACAUCUGGGUGCGAGACUGCUGCAAAGAGAACAAGCUGCUGAACUACCGGAACUACCUGCUGCCGGCCGGCGUGGGGCCGGACGAGGCCGUCGUGGAAUGGCAUCCGCGCUGCAGCCCGUUCAAGGCCCUGCGGGUCCUGCUGGUGUUCGAGGAGCCCGUGGAGCUCUGGGCCCAGCUGAUCACGAUGGGCGGGGGGUCACCCGCCCGACAGUUCCCGUCCGACAAAGACGCCGCCUCAGACGUUCCCGACGGCGAGUACGACGUGGUGGUGACGGACCGCGCCUGCCCGGCGGCGGUGGAGAAGACGGCGGCGGCGCAGGAAGUCCCGCUGGUGUCCCCCGAGUGGCUCAUCCAGAGCGUCAUCCGCGGGGAGCGCCUGGGUUUCCACGGCAAGCCUCAGUACCGCCACGACUUCUCCUCUUCCUCCUCCUCCUCCUCCUCAUAGUCCGAGAGGCCUCGCACCGCGUUAAAUGUUCCGCAUCAGUGCCGUUGCAUGCAUGUACAUAUCCAUCUUUAUCCGCCAUGUUUUUAAAUGGGAUAAUAAAUUGUGACUCGUUUCAUUUUAAA